AUGGAACCCACGACGAGCUCUGUCGGCCUUGUGUUGACUGCGGGCUCUACACAGGCUGUUUUUGUGAUGGCGAAGGCGAUGGUCAGGAGUGCUAUGCAGUCGAUCGUGUCCCCAGCGAGCGCUGGGCUCCCAACCAGCUCACGCCGCUGUGCACGACCUGCGAUCGUCGGCACGAUAUGUGCCAUUUCUGUCGACGGAUCCCUUGGGUCACGCCGCCUGCUCAUCGUGACCGCGAUCGUCAUCAGCCGGCGUCUGCUCACGCGCCGCCAGCUGGGGCUGAUCCACCCCGAGCUUUCGACGGUCCGGUCUAUUACGUGGCUCCUAAAGCGGGUCCGCCUCAUCAGGGCCGGCUCCUGGGUGCCGGGGCAGAUCAACGCCCGGCCCCUGCGGGUCCGUUUUACUUUGUGGCGCCGGGACAAGCUCCCCGGCGUUUGGAUGAGCUCUCGCCGAGUGCUGAGCUCCCAGAAGGUCGAAGCGAUCUUUCCCGAUUUCCACGCGGGCUAUCGCCAUGCAAAGGCGAAGGCGGCUCCGAAUCCUGCGCCGCUCGAUGUCGAUCCCAUCGAG